CCUCACGGCGCUGCCUGCUCUGCUUACCAAGGGAUUACAUUACUACCACAGUCGGGGCGUUGUGGCCAUGGCGGAUGCUAGGGUUCUCUCCUGUACAUGACGGGUUCUCCAACAUCUCUCCCACUUCCGUAGCUUUGCGUUUGUGCACGACAGGGAGAAAAUAGUUAGUUCCGUCGAAAGUGUGUUCGGAAUUCAGUGCAGGAUCGGGGUCAUACGUCGCAAAGAGAGCGAGAGAGAGAAAGAGCUUGAGGUGGCGGAGGUCGUGCAGUGGAGUCCGGAGGCUUGUUGUUGGAGGCUAUCAAUGCACUGCCUUCUGGGUACGGGGUCGUCGGUAUUUUCCUUAUUAAUUUUUAGCUUUCUAUCAAGAAGGUUACAGUAAAACUGCAUUGUAACUUGUAGACAAGCAAUUCGUAACUGUGAAAACUAUACUCGGUGAAAACUUUUAAAGGAGGAUGCAGAAGUCUGCUGAAAAGAGUCUUAGGAUGGAAGAAACAGAGGAAAAGCCUAGUAACAACGCGCGGCCUUCCUCUCGGUCAAGUCGGGACGAAUUCUUUGAUGCUUCCCAGUACGCGUUCUUUGGAGGAAAUGUAUCAGAAGAAGUGGAACUAGGAGGUUUGGAUGAAGAAGACACCGGUGAGCAACUUGAAGAUGGAGAAGAUGCUCUUGAUAACCUUGUCGAGAGGGAUGAGAUGUCAGCAGCAGAUGCCACUCCUGAAUGGGACAAUGUGUCAGAUCUUGCUUUAUCCUUCGCAAAGCUUAAUAGUGUAUCUCCUCGAAGAGAAGAGGUGCCGCGAAGCGGAUUGGACGAAGGAAGGCAGUUUUUGUUGAACAGAGAUGCUGCAGUUCCACGUGAAAGAUCGUUCGAGGGGGCUCCUGCACACAAUUGGCUGGACCGACCGACAUUGGAUGCGGAAGUGGAGACUGGUGCAAGGAAAUUGUGGCCUAACCAUCAGCACCAGUUUGUUCAGGGGUUGGAUUUCGAUGGCAUGCCCUUAGGAACUCCUCAUCAACAGCCAGUGCAAGCUCAAUCUCGGCAGCAGCAGCAUCAUCAGCAACAAUGGUGGAAUGGUGAUCCUAAUCUCCCUCACAUGUCACCUCCAAACGCACUUGCAGGGGCUUAUCCUCCUUCCAGGCCACAUCAGCGGGUUGCAACUCCACCUGGUCAUCAAUCUGGACAAUACAGACAGCCUAUGGCUGCCCCUCAUAGUUUACCUCACCAUGGUGCGGGCGUCAUUUCUUCUCACGUAGUAUAUGGCCCUGGGCAGUCACCCUUUACUUCAUCGGGGCAUAUUUCACCUCCUGCGCAAUCCCCAUCUGGACCUUGGGCACAACACCCAACUGGAUCGGCAGUUUCUGGAAAUUCUGUACCUCAGCAAAUGCCACUUAUGCCCCCACAGGUGAUGUUACAGUACAAUAGACAACAGGCCCCUCUGCAUUCUAGUCCGCCCCCACCUUACGGGCAGGUUCCAUAUGGUAGUUCCCCAUCACCUGGACCAGAUCGUCUUAUGCAGAAGAUAAACGAAACCGGAAUGCCCCGGGCGUUUUGGGACCCAAGAGAACAACGCUUUGACCCACAGUUUCGUCCUAGGCAGAAUCAUCAGCGUUUUCAUUCGCAGAAUCUUCCAUCCGAUGGCGGCCAUGGAGGUAGGGGAGGUCCGACUGGAAUUUAUCAAUUCCGGUCAAAAUACAUGACCGCGGAAGAGAUUGAGAAUAUAGUACGAAUUCAGUGGGCUGCCACACAUGGAAGUGACCCUUAUAUCGAUGACUACUAUCACCAAGCAGUGCAAUCGAAACUAGCAGGAGGCACUCCCCAUGGACGUCGCCACUUUGCCCCUGCACAUCCUCGUGAAAUGCCAUCUCAUGCUAGGGCAGCAGCUGAGCCUCAUGCAUACCUUCAAGUGGAUGCCUUGGGCAGAGUACCGUACUCUUCGAUUCGCAGACCACGACCACUCCUGGAGGUUGAUCCAGCCCCUGCCGAUGGGAUGAGUAUGAGUGAUCAUAUCAAUGGAAACAUAGGCGUUGAUGGGAUGCCGUCACAAAGGCCUUUAGAACAAGAGCCUAUGCUAGCAGCCCGAAUUGCCAUAGAGGAUGGCCUCUGCCUUCUACUUGAUGUCGAUGAUAUAGACCGUUUACUGGCUGUCCAGCAACACCCUGAUGGAGGUGCCCAACUCCGCAGACGUCGCCAAAUUCUGCUCGAGGGUUUGGCAUCAUCUCUGCAAUUAGCCGACCCUCUGGGUAAUACCUCUGAUUUGGGAAAUCGUAUCCUUAAUGGACAAUUUGUGGGGCUCAACCCCAAGGAUGACCUCGUCUUUUUGCGAUUAGUGUCACUUCCCAAAGGAAAGAAGCUUCUGACUAGGUACCUGCAGUUGCUGAGCCCUGGGAGUGAACUUGGACAGAUAGUAUGUAUGGCCGUUUGUCGACACUUACGAUUUUUGUUCAACGGUCCUCAGUCCGAUGCCGGUGCAGCGGCUACCACAUCUGCAUUGGCUAAUGCAGUCGCCUUGGCUGUAUUGAAUAUGGACCUCCCGUCCUUGAGCGCUUGUUUACUUUCAGUCGUACUGGCAAGUGAGGCUGCACCUCUUCGUCCAAUGGGCGCACCAGCAGGUGAUGGAGCCACCGUUAUUCUUAGAUCCUUGUUAGAAAAGGCAAGCAUGGCAAGAAGAGAUAGACAUGUCUUCCAAACACCACAGAGCGUUACUAUAUGGCAGCAUGCAUUUGACGCAUUUUUUACGUUACUGACAAAAUACUGCACCAAUAAGUAUGACAGCGUGGUGCACUCUUUGAUGAUGUUGUAUCCUGGAAACAUACCGGCUAUUAACGCUGCUGCGGAUGAAGCUCUGAAGAAAGAAAUUCCCGUUGAGUUACUUCAAGCAACUCUUCCUCAUACUAGUGAACAGCAGAGAAAGCUACUGUAUGACCUUAUCACCAACCGGACUGGCGCUAUGAGUGGAACUUCUAAUCAGGCGGCUGACAAUCAUGCGAGCUCCACUGCUACUGUACGUGGCUGAUUGAAGGUCAUACUGCAGCUUUAGAACUCAGACUAGAAUAACAGAAGUCAAGCACGUGGACAGCGUUCUAAUGUAAGUCCCGAGAGUUUCUUCUCUGCUUGAGCCGUUGUACACUGCUGAAGACUACCUUUUAUCCUUUUGCUCUGAUCAUUCAGGGCUGUAGUUUGUAAAGUUAGAGUUGACAUGCUUGUUAUUGCUUUGUUUUGAACACAGUUCAGUUCCUUGAGAGUAGGUCAGAUCGCUGAAGGCUAGAAUCAGAUUUAGGCUGUGAUAUGAAUCGUGAACGUGGGAAUGACACCUUUAGAAUACGGAAGGUCUUGUAAGAUUUUGUGUGGGGUGUGAGCAAUUGAAAGGAAAAAUGAGUGUGCAAUUGGGCCAGCCCCAUUCGUAUAUAAUGGUAGAAUUUUAGACAGCAGUUACAUUGAAACAUUUGUAGGUCCUGCACUUUCUCAUCAUGUGAUGAGAACAGAGUUUUUACCAGACACAGCAUGUAAAACGCAUGUGUCGCUAUACACUUGUUCUGCCUUGUGAAGACUGGCAGUAGAUGGUAUACAGCCCUCGCCCAUCAUCACUCGUGUAAGUUUAUAUGAAAGCUAGAAUUUCCGGAUAUAAUUUUUUGCUAUAUUGUGUAUCUCAAAUUAAUCACGAAAAAUUUGUCGAAAUUAUCAACCUUA